AUGCCACUGAUCGGAAACGCAAACAAAUUUCACCACCAACCACGCACUCCAAAAGAGACAAGGAGGAUCCCCCGAUUCCUCAACCUCGUUGUCACAGGUUGGAACCUUGAUGACGACAGUAGCGACUCCAAUAUCGAUGUCGAGAGCGUCCUCCAGGCCGAGGUAGAACUCCCGGCCCCCCUGGAUCAGAUAAGACAUCCAAAAUUAAUAAUAGGAGACUUCAACGCGCAUCACCCUCUCUGGAAUGAAAAUACAAACCAAAGACAAACUAAUACAACAGGAACAAAUAUAACAAAAUGGCUAAGUCAAAAUAAUGUAUUACUACUAACUCCAAGAAACCUCAUAACCAGAAUUGAUCCAAAAACUGCAAAAGAAUCCACAUUAGAUCUCAAUGGACAAUAUAGAAAUAAAAUAUGUACAAAGCCACAAAAUAUUAGGUCUAACUUUAGAUGCACCAAAACUAAAGUGGAAAAACCAUAUAAAUUAUACAAAAGUAGAAACAUUAUACAGAAUAAAUCUCAUGAAAAAGCUAGCUCGUUCAAAUGGGGAGCCAACAGAGAAACCCUGAUAAAAUUCUACAAAAUAUACAUAAAACCGAAAAUAGAAUACGGAAUAACAAUAUACGGUGCAGCAAAAGAAGGAGAAAUUAAAAAAAUAGAAAUCCUCCAAAAUCAAGUAUUAAGACUCGCUACAGGAUGCCUUAAUUCAACCCCAAUAAUAGCCCUUCAAGCUCUAACAAAUUUAGCCCCAAUGAAAGACCGAAAAAAAGAACUGGAAUAUAUACAUCUAACCAAGAUCCUAAACAAACCCAAUAGAAUGCCAAUAAAACAGCAAACAAUAAACUACAUAAAAAACUAUAACCCCCAGAGAGACAAGAGAUCUCUAUUCCACAGAGUCACAGAAACUAAUAAGAUUCUGAAUAUUGAACUAAAAAUAAAUGAAGUACCAACCACUUCACCAGUACCCCCAUGGUUUGAUAUCUCAAAUUAUAUUCAAAUAAAUUUUGCUGAAGAACUUACAAAAAACACCCCUCAAGUAGUUAUUCAAAAAUAUUAUCAAGAAAUGAUAAACAUAAACUACAAAGAUUAUACCAAAAUAUUCACCGAUGGAUCAAAAAUAAAGGAACCAGAAUCAACCUCAGCAGCAAUAUUUAUUCAAGACAAAGAAAUAACAACUAUCUGGAAACUACCAGCUAAUAUAGAAAUAACCCACGCAGAACUCUAUGCAAUAAAGCAAGGACUAAAUUAUAUUAUAAACAAUAAUCUAAACAAAACGGUAAUACUAACAGAUUCCCAAUCAUCACUACAACUUCUACAAAACCGUAAACCUCUAAAUUAUAUACAAAUCAUAUAUGAUAUACAAAAGCAAAUGCAUACAAUUGAAAUUAAAAAACAAACAAUAAAAAUCCAAUGGAUUCCAUCACAAAAACAUUAA